AUGGCGCUUCGCAGCGGGAUCACCUGCACAGACUGUGGGCCGUACUGUCUGGCUACUAAGCUAGCGAGGCCGAUGAGGGGAGAAUGCAAGGGAUUUUCAACCUCCUCCUUCUACGACUCGCAGGAAGGUGGGUCCAAUCGGCUGUGGGCAGAAGAAUCCUUGACGGUCAGGUACUGCGUGCAGAGCCAGGCCUUCGCGAACCUCAGGGCCCAGAGCUCUCAAGCAAGGCUCUCCCAGCUCAACCCGCAGUUCCAGCAGUUCACCGAAUCAGACGCGCAGUCGCAGUGCAGGCAGGUGUGGAUAGACAUUCGAGACCCUCCCACCUUCUUCUACACGUGCAACGACCCGACAGGCAAGUGA